AUGCCACCCCGUCGCAAGCCCGUCGCCGUCAAAGCGUCAGCCAAGUCGACCGCGGCUGCGACGACCGAGCUCAACGAUGACCCCCCCACGACCGUGCAGAAUAGAGCUUUACCCAAGAAGGAGGCCGAACUGUUUCGUCAGGUGUUGACGCUGUAUGAGAACAAGCAGUUCACCAAGGGUUUGGAGACCGUCGAGGCGAUACUGAAAGGCUUUCCUGAGCAUGGAGGUGGGUCUCGCGGGGAAAAUUGGUCGUGGCCGUGCGACGGACUCGGCUCGUUCCUCGGCCACCACUGGGAGCUAACGAGCUGGUGCACUAUCUACCGCCGCAGAAGCACUGUCGAUGAGGGGUCUGUUCCUGUCCUGCGUCGAUCGCAAGCCAGAGGGAUACGCCGAGGUCGAUCGAGCGGUCGACAACGACCCCGGAUCCCACAUCGUAUGGCACGUCUAUGCCCUCAUGCUCCGAGCCGACAGUAGGUUCGAACAAGCCCUCGACUGUUACCGUAAAGCUACGACGAUCGAACCGGCAAGUCCAGAAAACCGCAGAGACACCCGAGCGCUUCUCGCAGAGCUCCUUCGCUUACCCACGAUCUCUGGCCCGCAGGACUCGCUGAAUCUGUUGACGGACAUGGCCAUGCUCUUGGUCCACCUACGCCACUACACCGAAUACGCCCAAGCCCGACUGGCGAUCCUGCGCACCCAACCUCGCUUGCGCAAGAACUGGAUCUACCUCGCCGUAGCCCAGCACCUCGCCUCGCAGCACGCCGAAGCCGAUCGUACGCUGACCCAUUUCGCAAAUAUACUGCGAGAGGUCCCCGACGGCGAAUUCGAUCUUGGCGAGAUUUUGCUCUACCAUGCUCAGGUCUUGGAAGAGGCGGGCCAGUUUGAGAGAUGCCUCGAAUUCUUGCAGGAGAACUCCGGCAAGAUCGUCGAUCGCACGGCGUAUUCCGUGCAGCGAGGUCAGUCCAAGUGAGAACGAGGGAUCAGAAGCAGGCUACUGACACCGUCUGGUUCUCCAACAGCUCACCUUUUGCUCAAACUUGGACGGAAAGAGCCAGCAGAAUGGGCUUGGGACAUCUUGCUCGAAGAGAACCCCGACAGCUACGAGUUCAUCCGAGCAAGCGUGCUCGCAAGAGGAGCGGAUUGUGGUAUGCUGCACGAGCUUUCAUACAGAUGUAGAUUGUCACUGACGUCCAAUCCUUCACCCUCAGAUUCUAAAACGGACGAGGGCCGAACAGCCGCGGUCAAAGUGCUUGACCUCUUGGCCGAAAAGCACCCACGAUCGUUGGCCAUCCGGCGAUUGGGAUUAGAUCUUGCUUCAGGUGAGAUACAUCCAUUAGCAACGAGGAAUAGUGGCAGGCGCUGACAGAACUGAGAUGUGCUGUCCCCACAGGAAAGGAAUUCGAAAUCCGAGCCUCUCGAUACCUCACCGAUGCGUUGUCCAAAGGCGUACCCUCUCUUUUCGCGGACAUCAAAUCGCUCUACCCCGACACGACCAAACGAGCCCAAAUCGGCCAGCUUGUUGAAGCUUACAAAACAUCGCUCGAAUCGUCUUCGACCUUUGGCCUCGCCUCCGAUUCCGACGACCAAGUCGAAUCGACCGCCGUCUACCUCUGGACUUUAUACUUCCUAGCCCAACACCAUUCCCAGAACGGCGAUCAAGAGAAAGCCCUUUCCGUUCUCGACGCCGCCGAAGCGCAUACGCCUUCACUCCCCGAACUCUCCAUGCUCCGCGCCCGAAUCCUCAAACGUUCCGGCGACCCCCUCAAAGCGAUGCAAGCGAUGCGUUCGGCCCAACGACUCGAUCUCCAAGACCGGUUCCUCAAUUCCAAAUUCUCCAAAUAUCUCAUUCGUGCGGAUUCUUUGACCGAGGCGGAAGAGAUUGCUGGACUGUUUACGAAGAAGGAUGCGCCGAGCCCUAUGAGUGAUUUGGUCGAUAUGCAGUGUUUGUGGAUCUUGCAAGAGGAGGCGCAGAGUUUCUUGAGGCAGGGGAAGGAGGCGAUGGCGCUCAAGAGGUAUCAUAAGUUGUUUGAUGUGAGUUUCACAUCAUCGGCGUGGACUCUCCAUAAAAUUUAGCAUGCUCACGGUCGUCACUUACGUUCCAUCCAGAUCUUCACCGAGAUCGAAGAAGACCAAUACGACUUUCAUUCGUACUGCAUUCGCAAAUCAACGCUGCGAGCGUACAUCGACAUGCUGCGCUUCGUCGAUUCGUUGAGGUCCCAUCCUCGUUACGUCGCUGCGGCCAAGGGGGCGAUUCAAGUGGGUCUCCUUAUUAGUCAUGUUUUUCACGUGCUCGAUCGCUGAUCGAGGUCUACCUUUCAUUGCAGAUCUACCUCCGCCUCCAUGAUGACCCCUCGGCAUUCCAACGACCCGCUUUGACGAACGGAGCCGCCGAAGCCGCCGAAGCCGAAGCUGAAAAGGAACGGCAGAAAGCCGCCGAAGCCGCAGCCGAAGCGGCCAAAGCGAAAGCUGAAAAGGAAGCAAAAGAAAAGGAGGAGCAAGAGAAAGCGGCCAAAACCGCUGCUACUACUGCAUCCAAAUCCAAAAAAGGAAAGGGGAAGAAAGACGAUUCCUCUUCCACCACGACGAAGAAAGACGAUGACAAAGACGACAAGGAGGUUUCGGCCAAGGCGGAUGAGGAUCAGGAUCCGUUGGGGGAAAAGUUGUUGGAGAACAAGGAACCUUUGCAAGCGGCGCUCAAGUUCCUGAAACCUCUGGAGAAGGAGGCGGCGGGCUUGGUCGAGACCUGGGUUUUGAGUUAUCAGGUGUCGAUUCGAAGGGGUCAGUCUUUUGCACCCCGCUAACACCCAGUCAGCAGACAGAGCUGACAAUUCAUCAAUCUCAUCCUCCACCAAUAAGGCAAAUACCUCCUCGCCCUCGCGGCCCUACGAAGAGCCCUAUCCCUCUCCCCUCUUUCACCUUCCAUACUCCCCCUCCUCGCUUCCUUCCACAAACUCACCACCACCACGACCUACCAAACCACUCAAACUCCCUUGGUCCAAAAAACCAUCUGUGCAACCCUUCCUACCCUCUGGGGAGACGCAGGCUCGAUCGAAGCGUUCCUCGAUUCGGUUCUUCAACAUGGGGACGAGAAAGGGAGGGGUGAGAGGUUGUUGGCAAUUGCACAGGCGAAGAUCAAUUUGGAAGGACCUGGGGCGAAGGAGGAGAGUGAUAAUUUGGUGAUGCAGAUUUUGAAAGGGGAGGAAAGACCUAGUCUCGAGGUAAGCUUUUUUAAGAUCAAAAAACACCCGUCUUCUACGGAAGACGCGCAAGGACCUGUUCGACUGACCCGUGCUCUUCUACGUAGAUCACCACUCGAGGCCUUGCCUACCUAACCGAACAAAAUUCGACUCAAGUCGACGCAUAUCGGACCCAAGCGCAUGCCCUCUGGCCCCGCGCAAGGGCGUUCAAAACAGUUUCCGAGAUCGAAGCUGAGGACCGGGAGGUUGAGGAGAGGAAACGAAAGGAUGGGGAGAGGGAGAAGGAAGCGGUUAUAGAUUGA